AUGCGGAGUCCGCGGGCGAACAUGACGGUCGGCGUCCUACUGGCCCUGGGCAGUGCGGGCAUGGCCACCAGGAGCUGCGUGUCCCGUUGCUGUUUGGAUUUGAAGAACGUUCCUAGUCUCGAGGGUAAGGUCUACUUUCCCGACUCCGAGGCCUACGAGGCUCGUCUUCAGACGUACUGGUCUGUCUCAGCGGCCCUCGAACCGUGGUGCAUGGUACAGCCGUCGACGGCCGAAGACGUCUCGGUGGCGAUCAAGACAAUCGUGGCAGGUGACUGUCCCUUUGGCAUACGAGGUGGCGGACACGGCGCGCACGCGCUCUCCAAUGGCGUCGAGCACGGCAUCACGAUCGACUUUGGCCAGAUGAACGGCACGACCUGGGAUCCCGAAACCAGGCUUGCAUCAGUCCAGCCCGGAGGUCAUUGGCAGACCGUGUACGAUGAGCUGGCGCCUUACGGCGUUGCAGUGACGGGCGGCCGAGCGGGCACCGUGGGCACCGGCGGUUUUAUCAGCGGCGGCGGCAAUUCUUUCCAUUCGGCGUCGCAUGGCAUGGGUUGCGACACGGUGGCCAACUUUGAGGUUGUGCUCGCGGACGGCUCCAUCGUCAACGCCAACGCGACCAGCAAUGCGGACCUCUGGCAGGCGCUCAAGGGCAGCAGCGGGAACCUGGGGCUCAUCACACGCUUCGAUAUGUACCCGAUCGAGUUCCCGGAUCCUGAGCGCCCGGUGGUCUGGGGCGGCAACCUGUACUACGACCUCAAGUCAGGCCCGGCCCUCGUCGACGCGCUGGUGCAGUUUACCGACAAUGUGCACAAGGACGAGAACAGCUCGUCGAUCGUGUACUGGGCACACCUACCCCAGAUUCUCGGAGGUACCAUCCUCAAUGCUGCUGUGGAGAACACACUGGGUGAGGUCAAGCCGGCGGCGUUCGAGGUGUAUUACGACGUCGAGGGUCUUUACGACGACACGACCAAGGUUGAUACGCUCUCCGCGGUGACCAACGCACUGGGGGCUGGGCAGCCCGCAGGGUUCCGAAAUGCCUGGUUCACAGCAUCCUUCAAGAACGACGCACGACCGAUGAACUACGCCGCGGAAAAGUUCCACGAGCUGAAUGCAGCGAUCGAGAAGAUAGCACCGGCGUCGGUAUCGAACUUCAACACGCUGUGCAUGCUGCAGCCGAUCACCAAAUCCAUCGUGGACAAGGGCGUCGCCAACGGAGGCAACAUUUUGGGGUUGGAGAGCUACAUCGACGAAGGCAACGGCAUCAUGUUCCUCGUGACGCUGGCGAUCAACGGGGCGGAAGCCGAGGCGCUGGCGUUGCCCCUGGUGGCGGCCUACCUCGAGGACAUUGACGCGUACUCCGAGUCGUUGGGGUUGAAGUGGGACUGGAAGUAUCUCAACUAUGCUCAUAGCAGCCAGGAAGUCAUCGAGACAUUUGGCAAGGAGGCUGUCGAAAAGCUGCAGCGUGCGUCUGCGAAGUACGAUCCGCAAGGUGUGUUCCAGAAGCUGCGCGUAUCGGGCUUUAAGAUCCCGUCGAAGUCGUAG